AUGGCCGUAAAAAAUGAUAUUGAGCAUAAUGGUACUAUAAAGGAUAAAUAUAAAGUAUCUACGCUUGCAAAGAUGAAUAAGAUACAUGAUCUUGCCAAAUUGAAUCAAAAUGAAAUUGUUGAAAAAGAUGAAUAUAAAACAUCUAAUAAUUAUCGAAAACUGAA